AUGGCGGCCGAUAGCCAUCGGACCCGCCCUAAGCAAGCAUGCCUCACCUGCAAGACUCGUAAGAAGAAAUGCAACAAGGGCCUUCCUUCAUGUAACUAUUGUAUACUAAAAGAUCUUGAAUGUCGCUACGUCCCAGUUACUCGCCAGCGUGUUUAUGGCACCCCGAACACCGACAUCUCAACACCUACAGCAAUACGCCGUGAGAUACUGACAGCCGAAACUAUUGAUGGCCCGACGCGGACGAGCAUUCCAGAGCCUGCAACUACUCCUAGAAAGACUACUCUAUAUCGUCCGGUCUUUGAGUCCUUGGAUGGCGUCCACCUCGAGGUUCAAAAUAUUAUCCGUUUGUCUGGUGAAUUUAUGGACGACCUCACGUCUCGCUAUUUCCGAAACUUGCACGGCAACCUGCCUAUCAUUUCCCGUGAGCGCUUUCAGAGCAGCCUCACUGGAAUGGGAACGCCACCUAGUGCUGACUCCUCAAUUCUACUACUAACUGUCUGCUUAAUUGCAUACCUCCCCAAUCCUAAACUGUCUCAGCGAGACGGAGACACGAUUGGCCGCCGGUCUCUGUAUCUCGCCACAAAGGCACUUCUCGCACAGGUCCAGGGAUGCUUGCAGCCUUCUAUUUCUCUAAUACAGGCUAGCCUCUUGCUGGCUACAUAUGAAUAUGCAAAUGGAAGGCCAGAAGUUGCAUUGGUCACAAUUGCGGGCUGUGCGCGGAUGGCCUAUGCUGCUGGUAUCCACAAAAGCAAACCCCAUAAUAUGAUGGAUGGUGACUCCAGACUAGAAGCCGAAGAAGCUGCAAAUACGUGGUGGGGCAUUGUCAUCUCUGAACGAGCUUUCGCUUGUGAGAUAGAUGACUAUGAGCAGCCAAUGGCUACUAUUCUUCCUUCUGGGGACGUACAGCUACCUAUCGACCGCCAAAAACUUGAUAUUGGGGAUCUCCUUAGUCCAGAUUCUAUGCCUAAUAUUCCCGCCUCACGUUUGACGAUAACAAGCAUUGGCUGCUUCGGCCGUGCUGCACAAGCCUCUUGCCUCUUGGACCAAGUCUUAAAAGCCUUGGUCAUACCAAAUCUUACCAUCAGACUACCUCUGCUUGAAAGCCUAGACAGGGCUAUCCAGUCAUUUUUAGCUGAUAUCUUGGCCCUCAUCCCAGGCAAAGGGUCGGCAUAUUGCACAGCGUUAGCAGUGACGGUCAGAACACUAUUUAAAUUACACGAGCACGUCUUGAGCAUAUCGCAACAAGCCGUUUUUGUCAAUUUGAGAUCCCUAGAAGAAUGGAAGAAGAGUUCCCUAGCGGCACUCGAUACUGCAACGACUAUGGUUAACGAUAUGGCGAAAUGGCAUUACAGUAUCCUGCCUUUAGAUGGGAGUAAUAAUACGUCUCCAAUUUACAUUUACGUAGUUCGUGCUUCGAUUAAGCAUAUGCGUACUCGGCCAUAUAAUGGAGAUUAUCCUUGGCCAGAGAGCUCUGAGAAUGAACUCCAACUCUAUCUGGACAGGCUUCAGCACCAAUGGGUUACUUCAUAUGAUUAUUAA